ACAAUACACUCAGCAAACGUGAAGUAAGACACUGUUGGCAAAAAGCAGAGGGAAAGUUGGAGAAGUGAUAUCACUUUGGACUCUUGAGAUUUGAGGAAAAAUUGCUCACCUGGAUUAUUAUUACCUGGAGUGACUUUUCUCAAGGAAGCAUGGAUGUGGACGUUGAGGGGAUUAUCCAGUGCAUCAAGCAGGGGGAUGAGAAUGGCGUUCAGAUACAGCUGCAGGAGUUCAAUAAAGAGUACGCCCAGUGCUUCUUCAUUGAUACUGAGGAGAGGGAGAAAUUGAAACAAAGGAAACUAGAAGAGUUCAAGAAGAAUAAAGUGAGGGACUGCACUGAUUCUGACUCUGACACUGAGGAGUACAUGCAUGAAGAUCGAGGUCUCAUCCUCAGACAGAACUUAGCUCUUGUCCUUGUGAGAUUCAUAAGAACAGGAGUCAAAAGUCGUUUGUUGAGAGUAUGUCUCCGUACCUUGAGGAUCCUGUCAAGAGACAAAAAGAUCCUGGGCCCCUUGGUGACCGACAGUGCUCUCCUGACCUUGGCCAAAAUAGCCGGGCUGACCGCAAGUGAUGCCUGUGAUGAAGCCUGCGACCCUGACUGUGAGUUCUAUGAUAACAUCAUCGCUACUUUGGCAGAGGCCAAAGUGCUGCAGGCUCGAGUUGAAGGGGAUGAAGGUGAGACUAAUGAGCAAGAUGAGGAGUUCCCUGCUAUCGAUGAGGACUCCAAGAGUGACAUCAGCAAUGUUAACAGUGGAGAUCUGGACAGCAUCAGCUGGUGCGGGAGCCACAGGACCAGCAUCAAUGAAAUGCACAGAGGCGGAAGCCAUCAGAAGGUGCUGGAGCGAGGAAGGAGGGACCGCAGAGAAAGCAAGGCGGAGGGGGAGGAAGUGGAGGAGGAAGGUGAUCAAGGAGAAGAGGCCCUAAGAAAAGAAGCCAUGAAGGUGCUGUGUAAUGUGGUGUAUAACAGCACCUGGGCACAGGAGAGGUUCAGUGGUCUCAGGCUCCUGAGUGGUCUCACCGAGCGCCUGUCUUCCAGUGUCAACUGGUCCUCUCCCUCCAGUCUUAAGUUCUAUGAGCUGCGCCUCAUGUUCCUCAUCACCGCCCUCCGUCCAGAGCUCAGCACUCAGCUUCAACAGGAGGGUGGAGUGUCCAUCCUCACCACAGCCUUGGAGAGCUGCCUGGAGGUACAGUGGAAGGAUCAGUAUGAAUGUGCGCUGGACCCUGUGGCACCACCUAUAUCUCUGGAAGCCUCUCAGCGCAUCGUAGAGAUCCUGAAAAUCCUCUUCAAUAUCACCUACAGUACCCACAGGCAGGAGCCAAGAGAGGAAGAAGCAGCUCUGUACCGACACCUGGUGGCGAUUCUGCGUCUCUGCCUAAUGAGGAAGUGUUUGUUGUCUGAUGAUACUGACGAGCUGCAGGGUCAUACAGUCAACCUGCUGUCAGCGCUGCCACUCCAGUGUCUUGAUGUGCUGCUUACGGUGCCUCUAAUGCCAGAUUCCAAGGAAAGUCUGGGAAUAAACAUGGACUGUGUCCACACCCUGCUGAUGUUCAUGGAGAAACGCCUGGACUCGGGUGACAGGAUCAAAGAGAAGCUGACACCAAUCCUCAAUCUGCUGACAGAAAGCUGCAGAGCUCACAGAGAAACACGGCUCUACAUCAGAAAACAUAUUCUCCCUCCUCUGAGAGAUGUAUCACAUAGACCGGAGGAAGGGACCACUGUGAAGAAUCGUCUGAUUCGUCUCAUGACUCAUCUGGACACAGACCUCAAACACUGUGCUGCUGACCUCAUCUUUGUCCUCUGCAAGGAAAACGUGAGGCGUUUUGUCAAGUACACAGGUUACGGUAAUGCAGCUGGGCUUCUGGCCACCAGGGGCCUGCUGGGAGGUCAGGGUGCCAGGAACUCCAAUACCAGUGUCCAGUAUUCCAGCGACUCUGAUUCAGAUACAGAGGAGUACCGGCAGGUCAAAGACCGCAUCAACCCAGUAACAGGGCGGGUGGAGGCAGAGCAACCAGAUCCCAUGGAGGGCAUGACAGAGGAGGAGAAGGAGGAGGAGGCCAAGAGACUGAUUAUGCUCUUCAACAAGCUGUCCAGAGAUAACAUCAUCCAACCGAUGGGAGUGAACGAAGAAGGGAAGCUUGUCCCAAUGUCAGGACUGGAAGAAAGUUCCUUUCCUGAGGAGGCGAAGCCUGAGACAGAGCGAGACGGAGACGCAGAAGAAGCAGACAGGGACUGAAAC